AUGGCCUUGGAUCAUCCCUGUCACCUGGGCCCCUCUCUCUCUGAAGUCCCUGCCAAGGGGCGUGGGGAGGCGGCCAGGGGAGGGCUCUGCUCAGCGCAGCCUCCCCCUCCCCCAGCUCAGAGAGCUGAGCACAGAGGGACAGAGGGACAGAGGCCCCCAGAAAUGCUGUUCCCUGGAUGCAGGUUCCGGGCCCUGUCCUCCCUCUGCUUCUGCGUCCUGGUCCUGGCCUGCGUCGUAGCAUGUCAGCAAGAAGGGCCUGGGGGAACCUCGAGCCCCCCGCCAGAGUCGGCCAGUAGUUCCUGGAGCCUGGUUCCGGGCAAGGUGAAGGAGUGGAUGGAGUCGCUGGUGACCAGGACAAGAGAGAGUUGGCAGUGGUUCUGGGGCCCCAGGGCCUUCCAGGGCUUUGUGAAGACCUACUAUGAUGACCACCUGAGGGACCUGGGUUCCCACACCCAGGCCUGGCUCCAAAGCUCCAAGGACAGCCUCCUGAACAAGGCCUACAACCUGUGUCCCCAGCUGCUCUGCGGGGACAGCUACUGA